AAUGAUUUAAUAAACAGUACACUCCAUUCUAGACUCUACACAGGAAACAAGUACCGUUACUUUAUGUCUUUAUCUGAACCAAGCAAGCAAGCAAGUAGAACAAGAACAAGUACCAGAGCAGUGAGAAUCUAGAGAUAGAGAGAACAAUGGCAAGAGGGUUUUGCUUCAUCUUUGUUGUUUCAUCAGUUUUGCUUAUGCUUCUUGAUUGUUGCUAUGGGAGUUUUGUUGGAAUUUGCUAUGGAAGAAAUGCUGAUGACCUACCUCCACCUGAUAAGGUGUCACAGUUGGUUCAAGAUCACAAAAUUAAAUAUGUUAGAAUUUAUGAUUCUAACAUACAAGUUCUAAAAUCUUUUGCAAACACUGGCGUCGAACUUAUGAUUGGAAUUCCAAAUCUAGAUUUGCUUCCAUUCUCUCAGUUCCAAACUAAUGCAGAUACUUGGCUGAGAAAUAGCAUCCUUCCUUACUAUCCAGCCACUAAGAUCACAUACAUAACUGUCGGUGCCGAAGUCACAGAAAGUCCUGAAAACAUUUCCGCAUUAGUCGUGCCAGCGAUGACUAAUGUCCUUGCAGCACUCAAGAAAGCUGGACUUCAUAAGAAGAUAAAAGUUUCCAGUACUCAUUCACUUGGUGUUUUGUCUCGAUCGUUCCCUCCUUCAGCCGGUGCUUUUAAUAGCAAACAUGCUCAUUUCCUGAAGCCACUGCUAGAAUUUCUUGCAGAAAAUCAGUCGCCUUUUAUGAUUGAUCUAUAUCCUUAUUACGCAUAUCGUGACUCUCCAACCAAAGUGUCCUUGGACUAUGCAUUGUUCGAGUCCUCCUCCGAAGUUAUUGACCCUAACACUGGUUUGCUUUAUACAAACAUGUUUGAUGCUCAGAUUGAUGCUAUUUAUUUUGCAUUAACAGCGUUGAAUUUCAGAACGAUUAAAGUCAUGGUAACCGAAACAGGUUGGCCUUCGAAAGGUUCACCUAAGGAGACAGCUGCUACUCCUGAUAAUGCACAAACAUAUAAUACCAAUCUGAUAAGACAUGUUAUCAAUGAAACCGGCACACCUGCAAAGCCGGGAGAAGAGCUAGACAUCUACAUAUUUUCGUUGUUCAACGAAAACAGGAAGCCGGGUUUGGAAUCUGAGAGGAACUGGGGAAUAGUUUAUCCGGACCUAACAAACGUGUAUAGCCUAGAUUUUACCGGACGAGGUCCUGUAGACAUGACCGCAGAUGCAAAUGCUACUAGUCCAACUUCAAAUGGAACAAAAUGGUGCAUUGCUUCGAGUAAUGCAACACAACUUGACUUACAGAAUGCGAUAAAUUGGGCAUGUGGUACUUCUGGAAAUGUGGACUGUACUGCUAUCCAGCCUAGCCAGCCUUGUUUUGAGCCGGAUAACUUAGUCUCGCAUGCUUCAUAUGCUUUUAAUAGCUAUUACCAGCAAAAUGGUGCUUCUGAUGUUGCUUGUAGUUUUGGAGGAACUGGCGUCCUUGUUGAUAAGGAUCCAACCUAUGACAACUGCAUCUACAUGAAAACUGGAAAUAACCAAACUUUGGCAAGUAAUAAUACAACGGCAACGUCAAUAUCUUCACCUCCAUCCUCCUCAAGCAAAGAAGUCUACACUUCAAUCUCUACUAGUGCUCUUCUUUUGAUCUUUCUCCUCUUUCUUUUGGAUAUCGGACAAGCCUAACAAGCUUGAUCGAUGACAAGAGGAAAGCUUUCGAUUGUUGAAAAGGCAACAUGAUUAAUUUUUUACCACGUUGAGGUGUAUGCUGCUUUUGGCAUGAAGGAAAAGUAAUGAUUUCAGAAGAUUUUUUAGUAGUGCAUCAAAAAAAUGUAAAUUUGUAUGAAAUUUAACUAUUGCAUGUAGAUUAGAGCAAUCUGUCUUCUAGUUUUGUAUUCCAAGUGACAGGCCAAAAUAGCAGGAUGAACAUUUUCUGUGGUUUAGUUUUGUAAGUGUUGCUUCAACUUUUGAAUGUGGAAGUUUAGGUACAGUCUCAAUAGUUUCAUGUAGGGAAUGUAUAACAAUGGAUUCAUAUUUUCUAUUACAUCAAUGCAUGUGUUAUUAGUGAAAAA